AUGUGUUUGUCAAAGUUCUUCUCUGUAGUUUCUCAUCUUGUGGUUGAAACAAUGGCGGGGUUUCAAGGUUUGAGCUUUCUGGGACCGAAAGGCAAGAACAUGGUUGUGGCGGGAGGCUUGACAGCUUUUGUGUUUGGGGUGUAUUUCUACACGAUGAGGGCUGUUGGUGGCACGGACGAGCUUCAGAUGGCUAUAGACAAGUUCGAAGACCAUAAACAGGUCGAGACCGACCCCAAGGCUCCAUCUAAAGUCUGAUCCCUCACCACUGCACCGGGUUGAAAUGUCCAAAGGGAAACCUUUUUUAUUUUAUUUUCCGUGGUGCGUAUUUGGACUACUUAAUUAGGAAAAUGUAAAACAGGUUUUAGUCAAACAAUCAGAGUCCUUGUUAAGCACAAUUUCCCAAGUGUUUUCUUUAAUGUAUCUGGAAACUUGUGUAGCUUGCUCCCAGUGAACUCCAUAAAUAAAAAUGCAUGACGACUCUGUGUUUUGGACAAGACAGAGUGUCUUUUAUAAUCGCUCUCUCUCUCUCUCUCUCUCUAAUGGAGUAAUAAUGUCAU